AGGCGUCAUAUGAUAACAAGGAAACAAAACAAUAAUAAAUUAUUUUUAGGUGUUAUUGACAUUAAUUUAAAAUGUAGGUGAAAACAAAAACAGAUUUUUAGUUACUUUAAUCUUUUUAGUAUUUUUAUUUCAAAUUAUAUAAUUUUAAAAUGACAUCGAACGAUUCGGGUGUUGAAAGUAGCACUGACAAUGAUGAAUGUGCGCAGCCACAACUUAGCCAGAAAUUAGUAUCGUGCGCUGAAACUGCAUUGGUUUCAACGAGUAAAAUGAAAAACGAAGAAUUUCCACUUGCACUUUGCUUAAACACGGUUUCAGAACCACUUGUUUUUGCGAAACCACUAUUAGAUGAAAUUCCAGGACGCAAACUGAAGUGUCUUUUUGAGUUGGCUAAUCCUUCUUUUCCUGGCCCAUUAGACAGAUUUCAAUCCUGUUUAACUCCUAUUCAAGAGUACACAGAAAUGUUGUUAGAAAUGGAAAAGAAAAAUUCUUCUAAUUCAAGAAGUAAUGCUGGCCCUUGUCGUGUUCAUCCAUGCAAAGGGUAUUCAUAUAUCAGGAAAAAAGCCCUUCAUAUUAGAGAUAGUCAUAGACUAUGUCGAGCAGCAAGCAUGAAUAAUACUGAAUUGUUGGAACAAAUGCUAAAAAAUGGCGUUAAUCCUAAUUGUUGGGAUAGCAGGAAACGAACACCUUUACAUUUGGCUGCAUGUAAAGGCUAUACUGAAGCAGUAAGAUUGUUGUUAAAAUAUGGUGCCAAUCCAAACAUUAAAGAUUCUUUGGGAAACAAUCCAUUGCAUUUGGCUGCCUGCACUCAUCAUAUGGAGGUUGUGACAUUACUUUUAAAAGGAGGAACUGAUGUAAGUAGUUGUGAUGCUCAAGGUCGAAGCCCUUUACACUUGGCCCAGUCCAAAUUACGAUUACUAACACAAUGUAGAAGUGAUACUUCAACAUCUGUUAAAGAAACAGUGCUGCAAGUAAUUGACAUGUUACUUGCAUAUUUUGAAAAGCAAAAAGGUAGUUCAGAUGAGUCAGAAUUACUAAAUGUGUUCCAAAAUAGAUUGAAAAUUUCAGACACUGAAGAACGAGUCAGCUCUGAAUUACAAGAUCUAUUAAAUAAUAUAUCAAACUUAAAAUUAAAUAAAUAGAGAUAAAGUUUCCCAAAAAUUAUUAAAAUGUAUUUUUGUUUUCUCAUGUUGAAUUUAACACUAUUUUAUACAAUUUAAAUUGUUUUGUAUUAUUGACUUUAGGUUCAAUCUAGUUUUUCAUAUUUGAUAAAUAAAUGUAUGUUUAGUAAUAAUUAACUAAUUUAAGGAUUGGUUGGGUAGUAAAUAUGAUACUGUUAUUUCAAGCAUGUAAUCUAAUAUUUAAUGUAAUUAUUAAUAUAAAUGUGCACAUUAGAAUUAUUUAAUUUAAUUUAAGAACUGAAAUUAAAAUGUAGUUUUAAGUG